AUGACGUACAACACCUUGAGCUUUCUGGUCUGUGAUAUACCACAUUUCAGAACCAUCACACAAACCAAUGCCAUUGACUCACUGAUUAUUGGUACUAGCAACACUGCCAGUACCACCAAAGGCAGCACUGUGACACUCACUGUAUCAGCCACUUGUCACAACUGUACAACAGAUCUUACCCUGUUUGAAGAAGCAGCACCUCUGCAAGACACCACCAACAGCAGCACUGCCAAUACCAAUACCAAUGCCAACACAAAUGCUGCCAUUUCCAAGAAGCACAUGAUCCCGCCACCCCACAACCACAACCACAACCACAACCACAACCACCACAAUAGGUUGCUCAGAGAACGACAAGCUACUACCCCCACAUCUGCCCCAACCAUAACAACUCCCAGCUGUUUGUGCUCCGGGGCCACCGGGUUAGAACCGCCGUACACAUUGUCCGUACAAGACUUUUUGCCCAUUUUGAAUGGACAGCUCGUACAAUCUUUGGCUACCUCCAUCAACGUCACGGUAGUCAGGUUGGAAGAGCUACGACCCGUCACAUGUGCUUCCGAUGUAAGACAAUUCACUUCCUUUGCCUAUUUGGACGUUAAUGUAAGAGAAAACACCGUGCCGUCCAAAGAAGAAAUACAGGCACUUGAAAGGGCGUUCCAAGAUGCAUACAAUCGAUUGGCAUUCGAAUCUUGCGAUCCAUUUUUUAGAUCCAUCCUCAAUGCACAGUUGCAGAUUGAAUUGCCCACGACGACCACAUUAUUUGGUAUUCCCGGUACUGGUACUACGUCUGCCACACAAAGACGGCGAUGGCAUGGGAAUCCUUACAAUCAACGGACCGUAUCUGCGUCGUCGUCGUCCUUGGAAACUCCGGCCCCGGCAUCUGAUGCCUUCGUAAAUUCGCGAAACGAAGGAUCAUUGCCUCUGACAAUGGGACGACAAGACCAACCUGGCAAUAUUUUAAAUUCUACCACCACAUGUCUUUGCCCGUCCGGGUCCGCGGAACCUGACGUAAUUGAGGACACCGGCGACAAUACAACGGAUUCGCAACAAACAAGCGUGGCCAUUACUCGAGAAGAUUUUCUCUUGGAAUACAAUACAGAAUUGCAGGAACAGCAACAAGAAGCGGAAGAAGAAGGUGCAGCAGGCGAUGCUGGCGGGAGCACGAUUGUGGUCGUGGAAUCCGUAGACAGUCUCACGGAAGGACAGAAGGUCCAGUGCGGGCAAGUCACCGGCAGCUUUACGUCGGAGGUAUUUUCGGACCUUCGUCUCAAUAUAUCCUCCAUUACACAAGAGGAAGUCCGGCUUCUGGAGCAAUCUUUUCGGGAAUCCUACAAUGAUGUAUCCUUUCAAACAUGCGACAAUUUAUUUCGGCAAGUCGUGGAUGUCGAACUACGGGUUGCUCCGAUCACAGGCGCGCCCGCCUCGAAUGCAACCCGCGGUCGCCGGUUGCAAGAUGUGAUUGCAGAAACCAGUCCACCCAGAAACUCCACCGACGACAUAUCAUUUGGUGCCUGUGAUGAAUUUUUUCGGGUCGUUGUCGAUGUUGGGUUGCUGAUCUCCAAAUCGACAAACGCAACCGAUGCUGGCAAUGCUGGCGCUCAAGGGACGACGACGGCCGUGUUCCAGGUCACCGGGAGAUGCCGUAACUGCCCAGUUACAGAUACAGGAAGCUUUGGGUUGUUUGAUGAUGCAAUUCGACGAAGACGAACUUUGGUUGACGUUCGAAGGUCAUUUCCCAGACACCACUUCCGCCGCAAAAUGCAGGAAGCCUUGGACGUCUGCCUCUGUCCCCAGGGCAAAGAACCAGGGGAAGAACCGUCGCCAACCACACGAGAGUUCGUGGACGACUUCAAUGACAACUUGGUAAAGGCCCAACAAGAAGAGGCAGCCGCGAAACACUAG